AUGGCUCGUCUGCAGAUAGAUGCAGUACCUAUGCCUGCCGAUACGGUAUGUACCUCCUACGGUAUUCCAUGUUAACUCCGCAGACCGAAAAAAAACCAAGACGGACGUCCUGCAGGCUGCUCGACCUUCCUUCCUUCCGUAUCGAUGACGGCCAAUCUAUCUAUCUAUCUAUGGGACAGCCGUGACGUGAGACGCAACCCUGGCAGCAGGCUGGCACCAGGCAUGGUGAUAGAGUGCCUACAUAUCCAUCGACGCGCUCUUUCCGAUGGGCCAGAGGUCCAGAGAGACAUUCGGCCAUGGCCCAUGGUAAUCAUCGGAUGGAGAUGUAACGCCGUGCUCUUCCGCAUCUACUUCUUACGAUGGAAAGGACUACCUGGUAACUAUGUCUUUGCCUGCUUAUAUGUACCUUGUACAUGCCCAAGUACUGGACAGUGGAGUAUCAUAGGGAGCAGCACCAUGCCAACAUGCGACACGCAAAUGUCAAUGCCAAUGUCAGCGUCGAUGGGGUUGGGUUGGGGUUGGGGUUGGGGUUGGGGUUGGGGAAGCGGAGUUCUGGUCGUGUCGGCGCCGAUGUUUGCCGUGCGCGGCCAUCAUCGCGACGCUACUACUAGUACCAUGGUAGGCCACAGUUGAGCGAGUAGUUUCCACCGUAGUUACGCGUUGUGGUUGGUCUUUUGGCAGCCGAAAGUUCCCCCGCCCCCCCCAUGCGAGCGCCUUCUCCGGAGUCCGGACGGGGCGAAAUACUCUAGACUCCAGUUAGGCUCUCUCUAGUCCCUUAUGUAAAAUAUGGGGGUGACACUACCCUACCUAUGGGAUGUUGUACUGUGGACUUUGGGGGGGAUGGUGAGAAAAACGGACAGAGACUGGAUGAGUUACUUACGAAUGGAUGGAUAUACGGCAGUGCCAAUAAAACCAAGAAGCU